UGCGGAAAUGAAGUGCCUUCUGCUUUCACUUGCUCUGCUCGAGCUGCUGCUCUGGCACAAAGGAUCGGCACUGUUACUGGACAAGAACUGCGCCUGGACCGACGGCGAAAACAUACUAACCAAUACUCCCUGGAUGGCCGCAGUAAAUAACGAAAAUGGCCUUAAAUGCGGUGGCGCGCUGAUUACCAAAAACUAUGUGCUCACUGCCGCGCAUUGCUUAUAUAAUCAGAAGGCGCCCAUGUUUGUCCAACUGGGGGAAAGGCACUUCAAUGUGGACAGCGUCAUAAUCCAUCGUGGUUAUCCAGGGUGGGUAGGUCCGAAUGAUAUAGGACUACUGAAACUCGACGGUGAAGUAAACUACACCGAUAACAUUCGACCCAUCUGCAUAUUAACUGAUGCCGCGUCUGUGCUGCAGAAAAUCAACAAAGUUUUAGCCUUUGGCUGGGGUAAAACAAUGGCCAGAGACCUCAGCCCAGUACUGACCACCUACCAGUUGAGGCGUCUCCCUUCGGAGAAGUGCCAGGACCACAUGCCCCAGUUAACUAACGCGCAAUUCUGCGCCGACAGCGAGGUGGGCGGUGGACCCGGCAAAGGCGAUGGUGGAGGACCCCUAGCCGUCAUAAUCAAGAAUCGCCCGGUCCAGGUGGGCAUCACAAGCUAUGGUCCUUUGGAUCGCAGUCUUCCUGCUGUUUACACAGACGUGACGAGCUACACCCGCUGGAUAGCUUCCAUUGUACGAUAUUAA